GGUGCGGUCAGCCAUGAGAUGGCGAUCUCGCUUGCGGCAGAUAUGGCUCGCGGGCCACGAGCCGCCGGGACCGGCGGCAGCGAGGAUGGCUGGUGAUCGUGACUCCUGGUUAAGGAAGUCCUUAUAGGGUCGUGCGCGGCAGUGGGACUAGACAGCGCACCAGAAGCUUCUACCCAUCUCACUGACAUCCUCUCGACGUUACACGCGCCUCGCAUAUCAUGGGCCUCACGCACUACUGGAGAAUCCAGGACGCCGACAAGUGGGCUAGCGUCUACGAUGACAUCGUGUCCGACGUCCAUCGGAUCGUCGACUUUGUGGAGGAGCAUCCCGAGUGGAUGGGCUAUAGGAAGCGCAACGCCACCAACCAGGACUUUCGUUACAUCAAGUCCUACUUCGGGCAGAACAGCGUCGCCAUCGACGAUGUAGACUGCCCCGCGGAGACCUUUUGUAUCUCGCGUAAGGCGAAGGGCUUCAACUUUUGCAAGACCAAUGGCUUGCCAUUCGACGUUGCCGUCAAAGCGAUGCUGCUGAGGGCGUCCCUUCACGCGGGGGAUGCUACUGAAUUGGGGAGCGAUAGACACUGGGAGGAAUGGCAGGAUGCUGUCCGCCUCGUGAAGGCGGUUUUCGAAGUGGAGGAGGUUGCGAAGCCGGCGGGCUUUCGAGGAUGAUUGAUGUUGAUCGACUCGGACAGUGUAGACGCAAUUCUCGCUUUCUCUCAACUCGGGCCCUCAAACGAUGAUGCAUGCAAUCCUGUGCCUUGACGUUGUAAAGCGCAAUAGCCAUUCCUUGCUGCUCUGCUUGGCAAUACUUGAACCUCAC